CUGGAGGAAGAAGAAGAGGAAAUGGCAGCUUCUCAGGGGCGGCUGACAUUCCAGGAUGUGACCAUAGACUUCACUCAAGAGGAGUGGGAAUGCCUGGACCUCGGUCAGCGGGACUUGUACAGGGAUGUGAUGUUAGAGACCUACGGGAACCUGGCCUCCUUGGGUCUUGUGGUCUCCAAGCCGGACCUGGUGACCUUUCUGGAGCAAAUGAAGACUCCCUGGGAUGUAAGGAGAACGGACACAACAGCCACAUACCCAGGAUGGAACACUUUCAAAGGUACAGAAUGUGACAAAGCGUUUAAUCAGAGUUCAAAACUUAGUCAACAUCAGCGAAUCCAUAUUGGCCAGGAGCCUUAUAAAUGUAAGGAUUGUGCCAAAGGCUUUAUUCAACACAGAGAUCUUACUUGCCAUCAGAGAAUUCACACUGGAGAGAAACCUUAUAAAUGUCAAGAAUGUGGAAAAGCUUUCAGUCAAUACGCAACUCUUAGUAAACACCAGCGAACUCAUACUGGAGAGAAGCCUUAUAAAUGUAAGGAUUGUGGCAAAGACUUUAACCAGAGCUCAGGCCUUAUGUACCAUCAGAGAGCUCAUACUGGAGAGAAGCCUUAUAAAUGUAAGGAUUGUGGCAAAGGCUUUAGCCAGCUCUCAGGUCUUACUUGCCAUCAGAGAAUUCACACUGGAGAGAAACCAUAUACAUGUCAAGAAUGUGGAAAAGCUUUCAGUCAAUACGCAACUCUUAGUAAACACCAGCGAACUCAUACUGGAGAGAAGCCUUAUAAAUGUAAGGAUUGUGGCAAAGACUUUAGCCAGGCCUCAGGCCUUAUGUACCAUCAGAGAGCUCAUACUGGAGAGAAGCCUUAUAAAUGUAAGGAUUGUGGCAAAGGCUUUAGCCGGCACUCUCACCUUAUAUCCCAUCAGAGAGUUCAUACUGGAGAGAAGCCUUAUAAAUGUAAGGAUUGUGGCAAAGGCUUUAGCCGGAACUCAGGUCUUACUUGCCAUCAGAGAGUUCAUACUGGAGAGAAGCCUUAUAAAUGUAAGGAUUGUGGCAAAGGCUUUAGCCAGCUCUCAGGUCUUAUUUGCCAUCAGAGGGUUCAUACUGGAGAGAAGCCUUAUAAAUGUAAGGAUUGUGGCAAAGGCUUUAGCCAGCUCUCAGGUCUUAUUUGCCAUCAGAGGGUUCAUACUGGAGAGAAGCCUUAUAAAUGUAAGGAUUGUGGCAAAGGCUUUAGCCGGAACUCAGGUCUUAUUUGCCAUCAGAGAGCUCAUACUGGAGAGAAGCCUUAUAAAUGUAAGGAUUGUGGCAAAGGCUUUAGCUGGCACUCAGGUCUUACUUGCCAUCAGAAAAUUCACACUGGAGAGAAACCUUAUAAAUGGCACGAAUGUGGAAGAGCUUUCAGUCAAUAUGCAACUCUUAUUAAACACCAGCAAAUUCAUAGUGACGAGAAGCCUUAUAAAUGUAAGGAUUGUGGCAAAGGCUUUAUUCAACGAGGAGAUCUUACUUGCCAUCAGAGAAUUCACACUGGAGAGAAACCUUAUAAAUGUCAAGAAUGUGGAAAAGCUUUCAGUCAAUAUGCAACUCUUACUCAACACCAGCGAAUUCAUACUGGAGAGAAGCCUUUUAAAUGUAAGGAUUGUGGCAAAAACUUUAGCCGGCACUCAGGCCUUAUGUACCAUCAGAGAGUUCAUACUGGAGAGAAGCCUUAUAAAUGUAAGGAUUGUGGCAAAGGCUUUAGCCGGAACUCAGGCCUUAUAUCCCAUCAGAGAGCUCAUACUGGAGAGAAGCCUUAUAAAUGUAAGGAUUGUGGCAAAGGCUUUAGCUGGCACUCAGGUCUUACUUGCCAUCAGAGAAUUCACACUGGAGAGAAACCUUAUAAAUGUCAAAAAUGUGGAAAAGACUUUAGUCAACACCCUACUUUUACUCAACACCAGCGAAUUCACACUGGAGAGAAGCCUUAUAAAUGUAAGGAUUGUGGCAAAGGCUUUAGGCACCGCAAAGUUCUUACUCGCCAUCAGAGAAUUCAUACUGGAGAGAAACCUUAA